AAAUAACUUGAUGAUUAUGUUUUUUAAUUAAUUAACUUGUUUUAAUUAUUUCUGUCUUUGCCUUUCUUCCCUCUAACAUUCCCCUGUGGUUUCUGGAGAUAUACAUAUUUAUAUCAAAGGGUUGUGUUAGAGGGUCAUCAUUUUCAUAUAUUUCUUCUCUCUCUCAUUCACACAUUGUAUAUUUCAAUUCAUGCAAUAUACAAUGUGCAUAUAUAUAUAGUAGAUAGCAUUUGUAAACAACAUCAUUAACAAAACAAAAAAACAACAAUCCUUGUUUGUUUUAUAACUCUCUCAAAUGGCACAAUUGCCUCCUAAGAUCCCAAACAUGUCACCAAGUUGGUCAGAUUUUUCCACUCAUCAAAAUUAUAUGCCAACACCAAUUUCAACCAUGUUACCAUCCAAUAAUAUUGUCAAUACAAAUAAUUAUUAUCAUAAUCAUCAACAUCAACAUCAACAUCAGAACCCUUCAUGGGUGGAUGAGUUUCUUGACUUCUCAUCGGCAAGGCGAGGCGCUCACCGAAGGUCGGUGAGUGACUCAGUCACCUUCUUAGAAACACCUAUGAUCGACGAUUGUCGACGUGGAAAACACGGUGGAAACAACGAUGACAAUGAGUUUGAUAAAUUUGAUGACGAACAAUUAAUGUCCAUGUUCAAUGAUGAUAUAUCAGGUCUUCACAUGCCACCAACUUUGUCUUCCUCAAACCCUUCGAGUCCUUCGGAUCAGAACUUCGUCAAUGAUGAUCAGAAAAAGAUAAACAAACAAGAGAAGAAAGAAAAUGAUUUGGAGGAUCAAAAGGAAGUGGAAGAAGAUGAAAAACAAUUGAAAAAUGAACCUGAUGAGGUUGAAAGCCCAUGCAAACAAGAAAAUUCACAGCCUCAAAAUAACAAUAACAAUGUUACUUCUUCUAAUGAUAGAAUUACUGAUCCCAAGAGAGUCAAAAGAAUCUUGGCAAAUAGGCAAUCAGCACAAAGGUCACGUGUGAGGAAGCUGCAAUACAUAUCCGAGCUUGAGAGAAGUGUAACUUCAUUACAGGCGGAAGUUUCAGUGCUUUCUCCACGGGUAGCAUUUUUGGAUCAUCAACGUUUGCUUCUAAAUGUUGACAAUAGUGCUCUCAAGCAAAGAAUUGCAGCCCUUGCUCAAGACAAGAUUUUCAAAGAUGCUCAUCAAGAUGCACUGAAGAGGGAAAUAGAGAGACUAAGACAAGUAUAUCAUCAUCAAAACCUAAAGAAUAUGGAAAAUGCUGCAGGGUCACCCUUACCAUCCCCAUCACAAACGCCAAUAUGUGAUGCUCACACAGAAAAGGAACAACUUCUCAAUGGAAACACAUGUGCUGCAGUGGCAUCAAAAGAAAGGUUGGAAGAAACAAUUGUGUCUGCUUUAACUUGAUUUAUAAUAAUAUUGUUAAGAUUGGAUGGAGAGAGCUAUCAUGUUUGUUGAUGAUUCUUUCACUUCUUUAAUUCCUUUUGAUUAAUUAUUUUCUAUUAUUAUGUUUUUGUUUUAUGAUUUUCAUAAUCCAUAUUUGGAAAACAAAGACAUGUGGUUUUGUGUAGGAGUGAGUGAGUGAGUGUGAUGGAUCAGUUAUGUAAUCAUUUUAUUUAACAUUAAUUAAAAAAACCAAAAUGUAAAUAGUCACUUUGACUCAAUUCACGCUGUACAGAUAUAUAAAGGAGGAGUUUUAACUGUUUCACGAA